GGGUUAUAGUCAGAUGUAGCAACAAUCUGUCACGUGCAAAUCAAAUCAGUGUAGUCAUCAGUCAAUCAAUAUGAGGUCAGGCAUCACUUCAAUGUGCAUCUGCUAUGAAGGAGUCAAAGAAACCAGAAAUAAAGAAGUCGUGUGACAGAAAACUUUCACGAGACUGUGCCGAUGUGUUAUAAUAAGGAACUGUUCAAAGAAGCCAGCGCAGGGAGGGAGAAGAAGGGAGCGUUGUUAAUUCAGUAAGAACUUCUCUCUUAAAGCUUGAGGAACAUAGUCCUUUAUUCUCUCUAAAAAUAAUAAACACUUUGAGAUCCUGUGCAUUGAAAAACAUAAGAAUCAAACUGCAAGCCUAGAGGAUUAAAUCUGCUGUACCGAAGAGGCUGCAGGGGUCUGUGUUGCUGAUGGAGAACGAGAGAGAGGGUAUCCGAAUUGAAAGCAUGCAGGGAGGGACAGGCUCAGCUCCAGCAGCGCGCCACACUCGCUCGUAUGGGUCAGUGGGAGACGAUGGACCUGAUGAAGAGGGACCCCCAAGAAAGGUCCAGGAGGAGGUCAAAGUCAUUUCAGCCACCAGGUCCUACCUCGCUGUGGCAGUACUGUGUUACAUCAACCUGCUCAAUUAUAUGGAUCGCUACACGAUUGCUGGCGUUCUCUUGAACAUCCAGAGUUACUUCAAUAUAAAAGACGGUGAUGCUGGUUUACUGCAGACAGUUUUCAUCUGUAGCUUCAUGCUGCUGGCCCCUCUCUUCGGCUACCUUGGUGAUCGCUACAACAGAAAGUGGCUCAUGGUGUUGGCAGUGUUUGUCUGGACUGCGGUGACUCUGGGAAGCUCUUUCGUCACUCAGUCGCACUUCUGGUUGCUGGUCGUGACUAGGGGACUGGUGGGGGUUGGAGAGGCCAGCUACUCCACCAUCGCCCCCACCAUUAUCGGGGACCUCUUCACUGGAGCUCUGAGGACGUGGAUGCUGUCUCUCUUCUACAUAUUCAUCCCGGUCGGAAGUGGCCUGGGAUAUAUAGUGGGAUCUAGUGUGGCAGACAUCACUGGAGACUGGCACUGGGCACUCAGGGUGACUCCCAUCCUGGGAAUGGUCGGGAUUGUUCUGCUCAUCGCCCUGGUGCCUGAGCCGCCUCGCGGUGCCGCUGAUUUCCAGGGGGAGGCGCUAAAGGAGAAGACGUCCUACUGGGAGGACAUCAAGUACCUUUUCGCCAACCGCAGUUUCGUGUUGUCCUCGCUGGGCGUCACUGCCAUGGCCUUCAUGACGGGGGCGCUGGCGUUCUGGACCCCAGUCUUCCUGUCCCACGCUCAGGUCCUGCAGGGAACUAGGGUACAGUGCACACAGGAGCCGUGCAGCAACACAGACAGCCUGAUAUUCGGAGUGGUGACGGUGGUCACGGGGAUUGUCGGGGUUGGUAUUGGGGCAGCCAUUGCCAGGCGACUGAAGAAGAGCAUGCCUGAUGGGGACCCCCUGCUCUGUGCAGUGGGCAUGCUUGGCUCCGCCCCCUGCCUCUAUCUGGCCAUGGUGACAGCUGACAAAAGCAUCGCCACCUCUUAUGUGUUCAUUGCUCUGGGGGAAACCCUUCUGUCUCUGAACUGGGCUGUUGUAGCUGAUAUUCUUCUGUAUGUUGUGAUACCGACCCGACGUUCAACAGCAGAGGCCUUGCAGAUUACAGUCUGUCAUCUCCUUGGAGACGCCGGGAGCCCCUACCUCAUUGGAACAAUCUCGGACUCUCUCCGCAGCAGCUAUCCCGACUCGUACUUAUGGAAGUUCCGGAGUCUGGAGUACAGUUUCCUGCUCUGUCCUUUCGUUGGGGUUUUGGGGGGGCUGUUCUUCCUCUUGACGGCUCUCUACGUUGAGAAGGAUCGAACAACAGCUCGGGAGAUCGCUGCAGGUAACAGCCAACAGCCUGCCGUGGUCAGCUGAAAACGAAAACCCUCAAACCCUCAACGAAUCCAGAUUGAUCCCGAAGAAAUACAGUGAAAAACUGGUCCACCCUUUAUCUCAGAUCAUGGAACUCAAUAUGCAGUAUUUUCUUUGAAAAGGAUUCUCCCAGAGAGCUAUGGGAGACUCUGAUACCCGCAGACCACUGUGGCAGUCAGGGCAGCAUCUUCAAAACAUCCUGUUGAAUUGGAAAGCUGAAACACACAACGAUAAGAUACUGUUAUAACCAGUGUGUUAACUAUGCUGUGAUUGUAUUUUUAAUUUGUUAGAUAUGAACAUGAGGUGUUAAGCACAUAUUAGCACAUUUUUGUAUGUGAACAUUGAGGAAAUAGCGACAUCUAGUGGAGAUUAAAGGACUGCUAACCAUUUUCUCAUCUCUCUUUAGGACUAACAAUAUUGCCCUCCUUGGAUGUUUGUUUGUUUUUUGAUACUUUAAUUUGGGAUAUGCACAUAUUUUAAAUAGAACAUUAUAGAUGAAAAGUAGUGUUAUAGUUCAGGACCAUGUGACCAACAAGCACAGGUGUCAGGAUGAAGGACUUUACUAUAGUGAUGUAUAAAAUAGAUUUUAAAACCUUAAAUGUAAUACAUCACAGCUACCACUGGGUGGAGCUAUUGCACUAUAAUUAUACCACAUAAAAAAAAUGUUUUCUUUAAAAAACUAAUUUUGAGGUAAGCCUAAUUUAGUGGCGUUGUUUAAAAUACAGUCAACCCAAAUGGAAUAAAUAUACUGAAAUGUUUACAUUAAGAAACCAUUUCUGGCUCUGUAAUAGAAAUAUAUAUUACUGGAAUAUAUUGUAUACACAUUACGUGAUUUAUUUGGACCAUGGCUUGUUUUUAGUGUGUUUUUAAAAUACUUCAAAGUGGGCAUUUUUUAUUUAAAUAUGAAUGGCCUCUGUACUGUGGAUUGAGUGAGUUAUUCCUAUUGGUUGUGUUAUGCCUAUAUCAGUGUUUUCUGUGCUUAAUUUACAUAAAUGUAUGACUGUGUAUUAUUUCAUGUCUGAUUGUCUUCAGCCAGGUCCUCCUGUAUCUAGGAGAGUGGGGGCUUGGUGGGGUUGUAGUGUGUCCUCAGCUCCUGACCUGUCUGUAUUCUGAAUAAAAGCGCCUGUUCAUUUUCCUCCUUCUCUCCUUCAAGGUUGUAAUCCGCUACAAUAUAUACUCAAUAAAAUGAUUUAGAAA